AUGGAGGGUGUUCCACCUGAUUUGGAACCUGAUGUAAUAAUGAGAAAAAAAGGAAAAAAUGCGAAGUUGAAAAAUAAGCUCAAAUUCGUUCUGGAUAAUGAACCCAAUCAAUUGAAUGUUCCAUUGAAAGAUAAAUCGGUCACUACACUUGUUAACAAAUUCGAAUCUGAAGCUAAUUUGAUUGAAAGGAAAAAUUCAGUGGAGCUUAAAGUCGAAGUUUCAGCUGGCAAAAUUGAUACUAGCGAGAAUGAGAUUGCAAAGUUGUCAACAGGUUCCGAAGUUGAUGCUAUGGCUCCUUUAAUGGCUCCGUUGGUAAAUUACAUUACGAUCAAGAAGGAAGAAGUUUCAAUUGAUGAUUCGAGCUCCCCUGUUUUCGAAUUUGAAAAGGACAUCACGCAAUUUUGUAGUCCAGGAGAAAAGGAAGCCAUGAUGGUGUUCUGGAACGGCCUUACUUUGAGCGAGAAGGAAGGAUUUGUUCAUGGCUUAAGGUUUAUCAAGAAAAAAUAUAACAAGGAAGGUGAGUUUGAUUCCUCUCUUGAUGACUCUAUUGAUAAUGUUAAGAAGCUAUCAUCUGUUAGCCAACAGAAUGAUAUACUGAUGAACUGGAAAGAGCUUAAUCAAAAGAAGAAAGAAAAGGUGAUUCAUAAGCUGUGUACGAGCAAAAUUAGAAAACAGGUGGAAGCCAAUUUAGGGAAGAACCGUGUGCCAUUCAAAACUUCUGCUUCCCUGUUUCCUGCAGCUAUUGGAAUGAAGAAGACAACUGAGUUUGAAGCCUCGGAUGGAUUGCAGAAAGUGGGUGAAACUGUGUUGAAUCUAAUACCGGAAGGAAUUCCAAUUUCGAACAACAACAAUCCUGUGAUUAUCGAUCUUCAAGACAUAUGUUCUAUGCGAUCUCAGGUCAAGGAAAAGAAGGUAAAAAAGAAGAUUGAAAUAGAUGAAACGGUCAGUCAACAGCUUGCACAAGUAUGUAAUGAAAUUAUAUAUCAUUUUCCUAGUAAGUUUAAUCACUUAGAACUUGCUAAUGAGGGUGAAUUCAAAUACAAAUAUGUUGAUGCUGAUGAAGAGGAAAGUGAGGGCCAAAUGAAUAUAGAUGAUAAGGAAGAGAUCAGAAAAGGAGGUUAUAAUACAAACGGUGGGCUUCUUAUAACUGAGGAUAUGUUGGAAGAAGUGAAGACUAGUAAUAUUAAGGAUAAAGAAGAGAAGAUUUCCCCUGUGCAAAAUGUUGUGGAAGAAAAAAUUGAAGGAAAAGUUUCAUAUGCUGAAAAAGUGAGUGGGAAAAAAAUGAAUGCAGCAAAUCUUAUUUCUAAAGUCAAAAAGAAUGCUGAGCUGCCUGAUGGUGUUGUGGAAAUGCCUAUAAGUGACAUUCUUAAAGGCUGCAGCCCCUUUAAAACAACGUUGUAUGGAUAUUUUAUUGAUAAACAUAUUAACUUUUUCAAUGUCAAUAAGUUUGCUCACAAUAUGUGGAGGAAAUAUGGCUUGGAAGAGGUGAUGGUGAACGAUGAAGGGAUUUAUUUUUUCAGAUUCAGCUCAGAACAAGGUCUCCUUUCGGUGCUGGAAGGGGGAGUAUGGAUGAUUUUUGAUAGUGCUUUAAUUAUUCGCAGAUGGACCACAGGAGUUAGUUCAGUCAAAGACCAACAUGAUAAAAUUCCUGUUUGGGUGAAGAUAUAUAAUGUGCCCUUGGAGUAUUGGAACAGAACUGGAUUGAGCCAUAUAGCUUGGGAGAUCGGAAAGCCUCUUGAUGUUGAUGCCCACACAGCUAAAUUAUGUCAAGAACAUUGGGGAAGACCGGCUUUUAUGAGAAUAUUAAUUGAAAUGUUUGCAGCUAAAGAGUGGCUUAAUGAAGUUCUUAUUUACUCAUCGGAUUUAACAACAGGUGAAAGGAUUCUCUCAAAAUGCAAGAUAGAAUAUGCUUGGAAUCCUUCAAAGUGCUCUCAUUGUAAGGUUUAUGGGCACACGGAUUCUAAAUGUGGGAUAUUACUAGCCAAAGAAGUAAAGGACAGCAGCAAUGUGACAGGGGAUGGGGAAAAUAAGGAUGGAAAAAAAAUUGAUUUAAUGGAGGUUCUUAUUACUAGUACAAAAAAAGUGGAAGAAGAUAAUGAAGGAUUUCAACUUGUAAGUAAAAGAAGCAAAGGGAAUAAUGUGGGAGGAUACGGCAAGGAGGAUAUAGGGAAAAAGAACCAAAUUCCGGGUCAGGGGCAAAAUGGGAAUUAUCAAGGAAAAGGCAAAAAUGGGGUCGGUAUUAAUGUUGGAAGUCAAGGGCAGAAAGGGAAUAAUGGUGCGAAAAAUGGGAACAACAAUGGGGGGAAUCAAUGGAAUAAAGGAAAAGCAGUUCAGGGGUAUAAUGGGAAUAAUUACAGCAAGAAUGGGAAUUUUGGUGGUGUAAAAGUAGAACAGGGGCAAAGCAGCAAAAGCAAUUUUUUUGUGAAAAAAGAGAAUAUUGGGGGGAAUAUUUCAGUGGAAAAAAACAACCAAAAAUCUAAUAUAAAAGUGGAGAUGGGGAAAAGAGAUGGAAAUGUUCAGAAAUAUAUUCCAAAGACUGGCCCGGAUAUUAAGAUCAGCUCAAAUUUUGACAAGGAAAAUUCGAGCAUCAGAAAAGUUGACAACAUGGAGUUUGUUUCUAAUAAUAAAUUCAAUGUUUUAAUGGGAUUGAAAGAGGAGAAUCAAUAUGGGAUUUCGAAAAAAGGAAUAGAUGAUAUUGAUUUAGAUUAUCUAGAUACGGUUGAUCAAAUGGAAGUAAUUGGAGGUAUCCCUUUGUGUGAUACCAAAAUGGAAGCUGUUUCCAAUGUCGUCUAA